AUUGGCUCACAGCCAUUGAACUGUAUAUGCCCACAACCUAUACAUUACUAACUACAACAGAUAUCGGUACAGACCGUUUGAUUGAUAAAUCGAGGAUCGGUGUAUUUCGUGAUCCGGAAGUGGACAGUGAGAAGAGGUCAGUGCUUAGGAACUGGACCAGAAAUUAAGAUGGCGGAGGAACAGCAGGAAACAACACAGGGGGAGAUGGAGGGGGUAAACUGCCUUGCGUACGAUGAAGCAAUUAUGGCACAGCAGGACAGGAUUCAGCAAGAGAUCGCCACCAGUAACCCCUUAGUGUCAGAUAGACAGGACCUGUCUGUGUUAAAGGAGGAAUAUGCACAGGAAGACACUGUAUAUCAGCUGAAGAUCAAGGAUUUGCACAAAAAAUACUCCUAUAUCAGGAAGACACGACCAGAUGGCAACUGCUUCUACAGAGCGUUUGGAUUCUCGCAUUUGGAAUCACUUCUAGACGACAGCAAGGAACUGCAGAGGUUCAAAGCCGUGGCAGCCAAAAGCAAACUGGAUCUGGUGACUCAGGGCUUCACCGAGUUCACCAUCGAAGACUUCCACAACACGUUCAUGGACCUGAUGGAGCUGUGCGAGAAGCAGCCGUCCCUGGGCGAGCUCCUGGGCUCCUUUAACGAACAGAGCGUGUCGGACUACGUGGUGGUGUACCUGCGGCUGCUGACGUCGGGCUACCUGCAGCGCGAGCACGGCUUCUUCCAGCACUUCAUCGAGGGCGGCCGCUCCGUCAAAGAGUUCUGCCAGCAGGAGGUGGAGCCCAUGUCGAAGGAGAGCGACCACAUCCACAUCAUCGCCUUGGCUCAGGCCCUGAACGUCUCCAUCCUGGUGGAAUACAUGGACAGGGGAGAGGGGGGCACGGUGAACCACCACGUCUUCCCAGAGGGCAGCGAGCCUCGCGUCUUCCUGCUCUACAGGCCGGGCCACUACGACAUCUUGUACAAAUAGCGCUGCCCUGCUGCUCACCCACCGCUACUGCUACUUUUCAACGCGCAAAUGGUUUCGAGGAUACACACAUCCGUGUACAAAAAAAGACAGUAUGAUAUUUCAAACUAAACACACAGCACACAGUUCCCUGGAACCCCCAUAUCGUCCCCUUCCUCCCACCCCCCCAAAAAGAAAAAAUUGUAAAAAAUAAAAAAAAGUUAAAAUAGAAGUGACUCCAGGCGUUUAGAGUUGUACAGUUUUUUGUUAAAUGUUUUUGUGGUUGUAAAUGCGAUACAUUUUUUUUGGUUUGUUUUUUGCCUUUUUGUUAGUUUCUUUUUCCUUUGUUACACUACGGUUCAUGUUUUAUUAAAAGGAUAUAAAUCAUA